AUGAAGAGAGAGAACCAUACCGUGGUGGGUGAAUUUGUUCUCCAGGGUUUUUCCAGCUUUCGUGAACACAAGAUCAUCCUCUUUGUGAUAUUUCUUACCUUGUACCUUUUAACUCUGGCUGGCAAUGUUAUCAUUGUGACAGUCAUCAGCUUUGCUCGUCACCUGCACACCCCCAUGUACUUCUUCCUUGGUGUUCUUUCCACUUCUGAGACUGUCUACACACUGGUCAUUGUACCGCGGAUGCUUUGCAGCCUCACAGGCCUGAGUCAGCCCAUCUCCUUGGCUGGCUGUGCCACCCAGAUGUUCUUCUUCAUCACCUUGGCCAUCAACAACUGCUUCCUGCUCACGGCGAUGGGGUACGACCGCUACGUGGCCAUCUGCAACCCCUUGAGGUACACGGUCAUCAUGAACAAGAGGGCGUGUGCCCUGCUCGUAUCAGGGGCUUGCAGCAUUGGGCUGUUUGUGGCCAUAAUUCAGAUUUCCUCUGUAUUCAGACUGCCCUUUUGUGACAGAGAGGUGGCCCACUAUUUCUGUGACAUCCGCCCAGUUAUGAAACUCUCCUGUGCUGAUACCACUCUACAUGACAUAAUUAAUUUUAUCAUCAGCUCACUCGUUAUUGUGGUUCCCAUGGGCCUGGUCUUCAUCUCCUACGUCCUCAUCGUCUCCACCAUCCUCAAGAUCCCCUCCGCCCGGGGCCGGAAGAAGGCCUUUGCCACCUGCGCCUCUCACCUCACGGUGGUCGUCGUCCACUACGGCUGUGCCUCCGUCGCCUACCUCAAGCCCAAGUCGGAGAACACCAGGGAUCAGGACCAGCUGAUCUCGGUGACCUACACCGUCAUCACCCCCCUGCUGAACCCGGUGGUGUACACCCUGAGGAACAAGGAGGUCAAGGAUGCUCUGCUCCGUGCUAUUCGCAAAAACCCUCUUGCUUAG